AUGACAACAAGAACCACUCCUUCUCCACUCAAACCAUGGGAAAGAGCAAACGGCGCUCCAAUCUCAACAAUAAAUAAUAACCCUGCGGCUACUAAUGCAGCUGCGACACCAGUCACAUCUACACAAACUUCGACACAAAAUUCGAGAACCGGAACAAUUAACGACGGUGGAGCACCUGCUAUACCACCCAGGCCUAGCUCCAGUACAACGGCAUACGCUAAUCGAGGCUACUCACCUUAUAAUCGUUACGGAAGUUAUUCGAGUUACUCCUCUCCGUACAGCCGCUACGGCUAUGGCUCUUACGGCUCGUACAAUUCAUACGGAGCAUACGGUUCGCCCUACAAUCGAUAUGGUUACAACGGUCCCAUGGUUCCCGGUGGUCCCGAAGAGCUAUCUCUGACACAGAGAAUGGAAGCCAGCACUGCCGCUGGAUUUCACAUGAUUGAAUCAAUAGUAAACGCUUUUGGCGGAUUUGCACAGAUGUUGGAAUCGACUUUUUUCGCGACGCAUUCGUCGUUCAUGGCAAUGGUUGGCGUAGUAGAACAAUUUGGAAAUUUGAGAAAUUAUCUAGGCCAAGUGCUUAGUAUAUUUGCAUUGAUUCGAUGGAUAAGAAGAUUAUAUUAUAAAUUAACCGGAAGACAACAGCCGGUCAAUGCAAACGAAUUGAAUUCGGCCAAUUUCCAACAAUUCCAGCAACAGCGUCAAUACUCAAGGCGACCUUUGGUCUUGUUCGUGUUGGCUGUGUUUGGCAUACCUUACUUGAUGCACAGGCUCAUUCAAAUAGUUUCUGACCGCCAGAGACAAACUGGCAGUUCUCAACUUCCGGAUGUGACUGCACCGCUAAUGCCUGGAGAUCAAACUAGAGUCUCGGCUCAAAAUUUAGAGUUUUGUAGAGCCAUGUAUGAUUUCAAAGGCGAGGCACCUGGCGAACUAUCAUUUAAAAGAGGCGAUCUUGUGGCGAUAUUAAAUAAAUUCGAUGCGGGUGGUCUUCCAUCACCAUGGUGGUUGGGUCGAUUACGGAGCGGUGAACAGGGAGUAUUUCCUUCUAAUUAUGUAGAAAUUAUUAACAAGGGUGGUGGUAAUCCCGAAGCAAGAGAGAAACAAGAUGAACAAAAGGCAGAUAUCAAUGUUGAUGAGUUUGAGAGGAAAUUACGUGAAGUGUAA